CGUUAUUGGUCGCUAUGCUUCCUCACUAUUCUGCAUUAGAAAAAAAUAGCAACUCAAGUUAAAGACAGUUAUCCUUUUCUCAGUGACGGAUACCCCUACUAUCGUUUUUUCACCUCAAGCAGUCUAUUCUAGUAAGUCUAUUGUAGAGAUUUAAACCUAACCUAAUAAUUAGGUUUAAGUCUUCGCUAAGUUAGGUUUAAAUCUUUACUAAGUUGUUCAAAUUUAAGGGUUCGAAUCUUCGCUAAAGCGUUACGUACCCCUUAUCCCAGAGCUGCAAAUUAACGCUUUAGCGAAGAUUGGAACCCAACUUACCAGAGAUUUAAACCUUAGUUAGCGAAGACUUAAACCUAAGUAGGUUUUAGAAUAAUUUUUUAUUUCAACCGAUUUAUAUAGCUGCAGCUAGUUUAGCUUAAUUUGAUCGCGCAUAUUAAUUAUGUGGUCUAGCUAUUUUUUUUCGCUGCACUGCUCUGUAUAUAUAUAUAUUAGUAUAUAAAACAGUAUUAGAACCAAUAAAAAUAAUCGUGAAUAUAGCAUGAAAAGACCCAGAGACUUUUUCAAUUAAUUGUAUACAUUAUCCACAGAUUUUCAUGGACAUUGACUCUAUAGUUCGAAGUACACGUUGAGGCGUUGAUGGACGAAAACACUUGAAACGACGGGAUCAGAUAUGGGGUGACCGCUCUCAGGUUCCUCUCUAGUUAAAAUAAGAAGUAAGGUGGUAAUCAAGAUGAAGUAUUAGAACAGUAAAUGCAAUUAAUAGUAAUAGAAAACUUAGCGCGCAUACAGCAUUCAGAAUCAUAGUCAAAAAGUUACAUAGGAAGAGAAAUAAAGUCACAAGUAUCGUGUAUCCAUCAAGAACGGAUGUGACAUUAAACUCACAAAAACAAACCUACUGUAAUCGAAAACAAUUUUAUUAUGUUUAGUGCAUCGAAUGUUGUGAUUUCGGUAUUCGGCAUGUGAUCUUCAUUGUUAUGAUACAUUUCCUUUCAAUAAUGUGCGAAAUUGCACUCGUUUUUUUUCUUUUGUGUAAAAUCUUUUUUAAUAUAACUAAAUUUAUUAUAUUCACUAAUAGUUAUAACGUGAAGUAAAUUGUCAAUAUGAAUAAUUCGGAGAUCGAUGACUUGAGCGAAACGAUCCAACUCGCUAAACGACAGCAGUUUGAUGAGAAUCCACGAGAUUCGCGAGACAAUGUUGACGAUACCCCGCAUGGUGACGAAGAACAGCGAGAAAAGUUAAUACGAUUGCCCGUGGGAAGAGUAAAAACCAUUAUCAAAAUGGAUCCUGAAGUUGGUUUCAUUAAUCAAGAAGCUGUGUUUUUGGUAGCAAAAUCAGUGGAAUUUUUUAUCGAGUCGCUUGCGAAAGAAGCUUAUAAAUAUAUUGUACAAGUGAAGAAAAGGACUAUUCAGAAGCGUGAUGUGGAAAGUGCCAUUGAUAACGUAGAUACGCUUGUUUUUUUGGAAGUCUUUAGAAAUAAUUAAGGAACAGAGCAAAAAAGACAGUUUUUUGAAAUCAGUGAUUCUGAUAUAAAGAUACAAUAUACCUAAUCGAAGAAACAAAAAAAAACAGUUGUGACUAAAUUGUGAUAAAGAAUAAGUGUGUGUGUUUGUAAUUUUUAAAAACAUGUAAUUUGUAAAAACAUACAAAUAAUAUUGUAACAAUUUCAUGUAUUUAUAAAUUAAGGUAUCUAAGCCGAAUAAAACCCAGCUAAAUAAGACUCACUGGGAAGUUAAAAAUAAUUGUAAUGUUCAAAAGUAGGGUAAAUCACAAGAGAUUUUGUUUUUAUGACUAAAAACUGAUUUAAACACUAAUAUUUUUAUAACAAAUUUUACUGGACAUACUAACGUCGUACACAAAAAGAUGUGAUAUAUAUGUAAUAUAUCACUUUUAUACUUAGGUUAAUAAUACACUUAGGUUAAUGUACAACGGAUUUAAUAUGUACUAUUGCGAUUUAUUCAAAUUUGUUGUUAGUUUAAUUUAUUUUAAAGUUCCAGCAUACAACAUCCAAUGGACGUCCGAUUUUGGUCUUUAUUUUAUCCAAAAAAUAUCCUUGGACGUAACAUAAAUGUUUCAAAGACACUAUUGAACGUUCAAAAUAUAAUAUUAAUAUUUGGACGUUUUAAAGAUGUUCAUUUCACGUACGUUUAAAAAAAUUCUCGCCUAAAAUAAUUCUUGUGUAAAAUAAUUAUAAAUUUUUUUGACAUAUAAUAGGAAUAAUAGCAUCCAUGAACAUUUUCUUGAAAAUUGGUCUAGAUUAAAUUCAAAUUCCCCCGAACUCGCGUCGCUCAUAAACUUUAGUUGUAUCAUUUCUCUAUUGCUUCAAUAGGGCAAGAUAAAGAGUAAAUAAAAAGGAUGGACGUGCUUUUAACGUUGAAUAAUAAUAUAAAUAUCGUAUUAAUAUUAUUAUUAAAAUU